CGGCGCGACGUUCGACGCGUUCCGUCGUCUUGCGGUCCUUGCGGCGCCCGAACCCGCAAUGUCGGGCCCCAACGGGGACCUGGGCAUGCCGGUGGAGGCGGGCGCGGAAGGCGAGGACGACGGCUUCGAGGAAGCAGAAUAUGCUGCCAUCAACUCCAUGUUGGACCAGAUCAACUCCUGUCUGGACCACCUGGAGGAGAAGAACGACCACCUCCACGCCCGCCUCCAGGAGCUGCUGGAGUCUAACCGGCAGACACGCCUCGAGUUCCAGCAGCAGCUUGGGGAGUCCCCCAGCGAUGCCAGCCCCUAGGCUCAGGGAGCUCCCAACCAGGCCCCAACCCUGCUUCCCUAAGCUAGGCCCUGUCCUGGGCACUCGUCACCCAGCUUAGAUACCUUCCCAAGGGCUGGCCUUUGGGUCUCCUAGUGGGUCUGCUUGCCAGGGCCACCCUUCUGGCACUCACUUUGGCUUGCCCAGGCCAGCCCCCACCGCCCAGCAUCCCCUCCUGGGGCCAGGUGUGGGCCUGCAACUUACCCACCUGCCUGCCUGCCCAACUCUGGGCACUUCCCACUCUGCUCAGGCCUUGAGUGUCCACAUUAAAUGGGUCUCCCACACCACUGCACCCCUCUCCUCUGUAUUUGGGAUGAGGACCCCAGUGGCUGCUGGAGGUGAACAGGGAGUUCCAGGCAUUGAUCAUGCACUGGCGGCUCACGGGCCGGGUGGUGGGGCUGGGGUUCUUGGCCACCUUGUAUUUCUAGAUGCAGAGGGUGCAGGUGAGGUCAGAGCCUGCUCCCUACCUAGUGCACUCCUGACCAGCAGCUGCUUCCCAGCCCAGCUGAGACAGCACUGGACACGUGUAUGACCAAGGUCUUUCUAAAUGAAGAAGCAGCAGAACUGAAGAACCAACUCAGCCUGGGCCCCAUUUACUGAUGAUUCACCUUAGGGUCGCCUGACCAGGAAGGCAUGGCCCCUGCUGGUGAACCAAGAACUCAGAACCAGAGGGCCUGAGCAGCAAGGACCCGCAUUCCUGCACUUCAACUGCCAUGGGUCUGGCUAGACAGAGAGACUGGUACAGGGGUCCAGAGCUCAGGCCUGGGGUCACAUCCUGGCCACUUACCAGCCAUGUCACCUUUGGCAAGUUGUUUGACCUUCUAGGCCUCAGUUUCUUCUUCCGCAAUUUGGGGAUAACAACAAGAACACCUUCUAGGGUCACUGUGGAGAUUAAAUAAGCUCUUAUCGAAAGCA